UUUCUUUGAUUAAAAACAUUUUUGCGGAUUUAUUUUUUUGUUGGGCAUUUAUUUUUUAUUUACUCCUCAGACUUUUUGUGAUAUUUUUUUACAUUUAACUUCAACUUUAAAAGAAUUUUUGUUUAGAUAUUCAAUUGAUCUUAACGUUAUUGGUCAAAAAGGAAAUGUUUAUACAUCAAAUAGUACCAAAGAAAGAGCAACAUUUUCAAUUGAUGAAAUGAUGGUUUUAAUGCAAAAAGCAAUUGAUUUUACUGGAACAUCAAUGCAAUCUUUUACUUUUCUUUAUCGUUGUAAACCAAGAAUUUAUUGGGAUUAUGUUUAUGAAAUGGGGCAAGUAUUAAAUCCUUAUUUGAAGGAUAGUAAUGGGCAGGCAGCUUGUCCUUUAAAUCAAAAUAUUGAAGGACUUUUCUUUUCUGCUAAAACUAAUCCUGAUGGUUCUUUGCCUAAUUCUUCACCAUUUGGAGAUGUUAGAAUGGUUUUGCCCGCACAUAAUUUACUUGAUCCUCAACGUGUAAAUUUAUAUUUUGCUGAUUUUUAUUGUAAUCGAGUUCCUCAUUAUGUUACUGUUGUUGUUGCAUUUAAAGAUUCUGAAGUUGAUAAAUUUUCUAAGGAUAAACUUCUUCCAUUAGACCCAUUUGACAAUCAGUUUUUGCUUCUUCAACAUACUUCAAAUUCUCAAUCUCCAUUAAAUUUUUUUGUAAACAAAAAGGUUUGGGUUGAAAUAUAUUAUACUGAAACUGUUCCUAUGAGAUGGUUUGUUUUUUUUAGUUUUUAG